GCGGGCGUGGGGACACGUGCGGCGGGAGCGACGGCGGGUCAGCGGGGCUGAGCCGGCCCGGCCCCGCCAUGGACCUGCUGCCCCGGAGCCCCGGGGAGUUCGGCUCCGCCCGGUACUGGGACCGGUUCUUCCGGCAGCGCGGGCAGCGGCCCUUCGAGUGGUACGGGGCCUUCCCGGAGCUCUGCCCCGUCCUGCACAAGUACGUUCGGCCCCGCGACAAGGUUCUGGUGGUGGGCUGCGGGAACUCUGAGCUGAGCGAGCAGAUGUACGACGUGGGGAUGUGUGAGGACAUCGUGAACAUCGACGUCAGUGACGCCGUGAUCCGUCAGAUGCAAGAGCGGAGCAGGAGCAAGAGGCCGAAGAUGAGCUACCUGCUCAUGGACAUGCUUCAGAUGGACUUCCCUGAUGCCCACUUCCAGGUGGUCCUGGACAAAGGCACGCUGGAUGCCAUCCUCACCGACGAAGAGGAGGCCACUCUGGCCAAGGUGGACAAGAUGUUUGCCGAGAUCAGCCGGGUCCUGCAAGUGGGUGGGCGCUACCUUUGCGUCUCCUUGGCUCAAGCCCAUGUGCUGAAGAAAGCGGUGGAAUACUUCUCCCAGGAAGGCUGGGUCGUGCGUGUCCAUCAGGUGGCUGGCAGCAGGGACAAGCAGCAGUUUGUUCUGCCGGUCUUCAUCUACGUCAUGACAAAGUUCAGGAAGAUUCCCGGCUCUGCACCACAGAUCCUGGAGAUCUGCCCCGAGGAGCAGGACAAGCCGAUGCGGGUGGAGAGCACGGAGUGGCUGGUGGCAGCGGUGAAGGACAGGCAGCAUUAUGCCCUGCUCUGCAGCCAGCUGAGCAAACCCCCCUGUGGGGAGCAGGUUUCCCUGGAUCUGUGCGACAAAGAGAGUGGGAGGCCUCGCUACACACUGCAUGUGGUUGACAGCCCCUCAGUGAAACCUUCCCGGGACAAUCACUUCGCCAUCUUCAUCAUCCCGCAGGGCAGAGAAACCGAGUGGCUCUUUGGGACGGAGGAAGGGCGGAGGCAGCUGGCCACGAGCGCAGGCUUCAGGCGCCUGGUCACUGUGGCCCUGCACAGGGAGCAGCACUACGAGGGCAUGGCUGGCAUCCAGGCGGAGCUGUCGGGGAAGGUGAUGGAGCUGGCCCCGCCGGGUCUCCCUGCCCGGCAGCAGGUGCCCUUCGUGUCCGUGGGAGGGGACAUUGGGGUGCGGACAGUGCGGCACCGUGACACCAGCACCCUGAGCGGGGAGUAUGUCAUCGAGGAUGUGAAGGGGGAUGGCACCUGCUACUUCCGACGCCUCAUCUUCCUCCGCAACAGGAAUGUGGUGCAAUCGGAGGCUCGGCUCCUGGCCCCCAUGCCUCUCCCAGGCCAGAAGAAACGGAGGAAGGACAAGAAGAAACCCAGCCCCACUGAGCCACCCGCAGCCAUCGACAAGAGCUACCUGUGCUGUGAGCACCACAAGGCCAUGGUUGCAGGGCUCUGCCUGCUGGGAGGCCCCGAUCCCCUCCCAGGAACCCUGCUGGCGGUGCUGGUGGUGGGGCUUGGUGGGGGCAGCCUGCCCCUCUUCAUCCACGACUACUUCUCACAGGCCCACGUGGCUGUGGUGGAGAUUGACCCCUCCAUGCUGGAGGUGGCCACGCGCUGGUUUGGCUUCUCCCAGGACGACCGGAUGCAGGUGCAUGUCUCCGAUGGCCUGGACUACGUGGCCAAGCUGGCAGCUGAAGCCCCAGCCCAGUAUGACGCCAUCAUGUUCGAUGUGGACAGCAAAGACCUCACAGUGGGGAUGAGCUGCCCUCCCCCAGCCUUCGUGGAAAAGCCUUUUCUGCAGAAAGUUAAAACCACCCUUAAGCCAGAAGGAGUCUUCGUGCUCAACUUGGUGUGCCGCGACGCCCGGCUGAAGGAGUCUGUCCUAGCCACCCUCAGGGAGGUCUUCCCGCUGCUCUAUGCACGCCGCAUCGAAGAGGAGAUCAAUGAGAUCCUAUUCUGCCAGCCCAGCCCUGAGGGCCGGCGGGACCCCACAGAGCUGGAGGCACGCGCCCAGGCACUGGAGGGUGCCCUGCGGCAGCCUGGGCGCCCCUGGGACAGCUCGUACGUGCUGGCAGACAUGCUGCAGGCUAUCAAGAUCCUCUGAGAGGGGCCUUGAUGCUGCUUGAACAAGAGAGGUGUCCCUGCGUGGGUGCUGCGGCCCUGCAGUGGAGGGAUGCCUGUGGCUGGGAUUGCCACUCGUGGGGGGCUGGUGGUGGCUUGAGUCUGCCUGAAGGAUGGGACUGGUGCAGAGAGGUGCUCCCUGCAGCGUGGCUCCCCGGGAAGUGGUCCGGGACAGUGGGAGGCUGUGCAGCAAGGGGAGGAAGGUGCUGUGGGUCUGGCAGGGCUGUGGGUUUGGGUCUGUCCCCGUUGCUUUCCCAUUGGGGGAAAAACAUCCCUCUGACUGUGCCCUUCCCUUCCAUCGUGGAUGGCUCCUUCCUGCCGAUGCUGCCUCUCCCUGCAUCUACGGUAUUCUUGGUCACUGGUAUCUGUGCAGAGCCCCAGCCCUGCCCCAAGCCUGGUUGUGGAUGUGUUCGGGUGGGCUGAGAGCUGUGAAAAUAAAAGUGCUCAGGACUGCUCUGAG